CAAAAAAGGGCCAGACAGCCGUUGAGGCAGCCCUCACCUCUAUAGUGGACCAGGCCCAUGGAGGGAUCAGGAACUUCAGCUGAUCAUCAAGCUACAUGGUGGCCACAGUCACUGUCAAGGGUGUGAUGACCACAGGCAGUGAAAUUGGACUCAGUGUGAUCCAGGCACAUGAUAUGCAGAACCCGCUACAUUUCCGGGAGAUGAAGGUGUACAUGAUGGAGCCCAGAGGCAUGGAAUUCGCACCAUGCCAGGUAGAGGCAUGCAUGGGCCAGACUUUGGAACUGCCUCUCCGGAUCAACAGACUCAUUCCUGGCAGGGCCGAUGAGGUGGUCACUCUGAGUGACUGCUCCCAUUUCGACCUGGUGAUCGAGGUGGAGAACCAGGGCAUGUUCCAGCUGCUCGCAGGACUUCCAGCACUAUGUUAA